CACACAAGAUAAUACGUUACGAAUAGUUACGAAUAAUUCAAACCCCCUCUCCCCCUGGUGUCUAGGAUGUGUACACAGUGUGUGUUUUUGAACGCAAUCCUAUGCAACGGGAAGAAUAUCAUUUAACUAACCAAUUAUGAUAAAGAAUACUUUGUACUUUUAAUCCUGAAUGGUCAAUGUGAUCUUUACUUAUCGAGUAGAAUUUCGGAACGCAGCCAAGAGCAAACAGUGCAGCUUGGUGUAUCUAUAAAGAACAAACUUGUUGAACCUGUACAAUUUAUCGUAAGAAACUUUUAAAAAAUUUAUUCCAAAGUAUUAUAUUAUUGUGCUUGAUUAUGCAAAAAUAUUUGAAAUAAUGACAGCACGGCUAGUGAAUGAUAAUCGAUGAUGACGUCGACAGAAAAAUAGUUAGUGCUCGUCGUGGCAUAUUCAAUGUGUACAAUGUAACGUGUCAAACUUUCCGGGAAAGAAAAAAUGUAGUUUAUGAAGAAAUAUGUACAUAUUGUCUCAGUCAAGUUAGGAACCUAUUUUAAACAUGAAUAAGAAUUCUCCAAAGUCUGGGCAAACACUAAAGUAUGUGAGCUUAAUCACACUCACACUUCAGAAUGCAAUGGUCAGCCUUAGUAUGCGAUAUUCGCGUACCAGAGCAGGCGACAUGUUUCUUGCAUCUACUGCUGUUGUGAUGGCUGAAGUAGUCAAGCUGUUCACAUGCUUGGUGCUAGUGCUCAUCGAAGAAGGCAACUUAGUGAAAUUGUACAAGGCUCUACAUGUAACAAUUGUGAAGCAGCCCAUGGAUACUCUGAAAGUCUGUGUGCCAUCACUUUUGUACAUCAUACAGAACAACUUACUUUAUGUAUCAGCGUCUAAUCUAGAUGCAGCUACACAUCAAGUGACAUAUCAAUUGAAAAUUUUAACUACGGCCUUCUUCGCAGUAACAAUACUGCGCAAGUCAUUGCGCACCAUUCAAUGGGGUGCUCUGGUGCUCUUGGUGAUUGGUGUGGUACUCGUGCAAUUGGCACAAAGCAUAAAAGCACCGGUACCUUCGGGCAUAGAACAAAAUCACUUACUAGGCUUCUCGGCCGCCCUCAGUGCGUGCUUCCUAUCCGGUUUCGCGGGCAUUUACUUUGAAAAGAUACUGAAGGGUUCCGACAUCUCCGUGUGGAUGCGAAACGUGCAGUUGAGCGUGUUGUCCAUACCGUUCGGCCUAGGUACAUGCUUCUUACAAGACGGUGAUAUCAUACGCAAGCAGAGCUUUUUCUUCGGCUACGAUUUGUUCAUCUGCUACCUGAUUGUCUUACAAGCAGGCGGAGGAUUGAUCGUAGCCAUGGUGGUCAAGUAUGCCGACAACAUACUGAAAGGCUUCGCCACAUCCCUGGCCAUCAUCAUCUCUUGCAUAGCUUCCAUCUAUCUGUUCGACUUUCGCUUAACGUUCCAGUUUGCUCUAGGCGCGUUUCUCGUCAUUUGCUCGAUUUUCUUGUACAGCCAUCAGCCGAAAACAGCAGCCCUUGAUAAGCAUACGCCCGCUAAUAAAGUCUGAUGAUGGUGGAAAUCUUCGGUAUGAAUUGUGGUUCGAUCGAUUUCACCGGUUUUCGAAUUCAAUUCAUGCCGAAUUGGCAGUAUUUCAAGAUUUAUUAAAGAGUGAUCUGAUAGAACGAAUUAACGGAUAAGUUGCUUUUUUUUAAACAUUCAACAGACGUUAUUCGUCCCGUAGGGUAUCGAUAAAAAUUGAUCGUAACUAUAAAAUGUAAUAAUGAGAUUAUAAAAUUGUACAUACGAGGGGGGAAUCAAGUGUGCAAUUAUGUUUUUAUAUCGGCGAUUUAGAUGAGAUGUCUUGUGAUAAUAUCGAGACGUUACACACGAAUAACAUGAGAAAAAUUAAAGCAAGAUUACGCAUCAAACAAUUCGUUUGUCGUAAGUACAAACGAUGAUACUAUUUGAUUUUAUUUUUACGUAUAGUGAUCGCUUAUAUGUUCAAUUAUAAUGUAUUAUAAUAAGUCAAUAAGUUAUGCACACACAUACGUCGGAUAUAUCCAUACAUGCAUAUGCGUAUAUAUUCUAUGU